AUGGAAAGCUACUUGGCCUUUGAGUCUUUUAAGUCCCUUGUAGCUUAUUCAUGCUGCUGCUUGGUUGGUCUACACUGCGCCAGUGAGCUGACAGUUUAUCACUGCAUCAUACACCAGGAAUCACUGUGUGGCAAAGCCUUGAAAAUGGAACAUGUAAUCAGCACCAUAACACGAGCAGUUAACUUCAUAAGAGCCAAAGGUUUAAAUCACCGCCAGUUCAAGUCUUUUCUGGAGGAGUUGGAUUUGAUAUGGAUAUUCGAAUAUGGUGACGUGACCUAUCACACAGAGGUGCGAUGGCUAAGCCAAGGAAAAGUGCUGAAAAGAUGUUUAGAGUUGCGUGAGGAAAUCUGUCAGUUCGUGGAAAGCAAAGGGAAAGACAGGACAUAAAAAGGGGAUAAAAAGUUGCUGUGUGAAUUGGCUUUUCUGUGUGACAUCACGAGCCAUCUCAAUGCGCUCAACCUGCAGCUUCAGGGGCGGGAUCGUGUGAUCACAGACAUGUACGCUGCAGUGAGGGCUUUUAAAACCAAGCUGCGUCUGUGGGAGACGCAGAUGCUGCAAGAAAACUGCCAAACUAUGAAAGAGCAGGUCUCUGCCGCCGUGUUCCCAAGUGCAGAAUUUGCUGAAAAACUCGGCAUACUUAGUGCCGACUUCAAACGGCGAUUUGCCGACUUUGAAGCCCAGAAAGGUAGGUUUGAACUGCUCAGUAAUCCGUUUGCAGUUGACGUGGAAAGCGCACCAACCAACCUCCAAAUGGAGCUGAUCGAACUCCAGUGUAGUGACACACUCAAGGCAACGUAUGACUCUGGGGGCACUGCGCAGUUUCCACGUUUCAUCCCCGACACACCGCCCCAGCUGCGUACCCAAGCUGCUCAAAUGCUCUCUAUGUUUGGCAGCACAUACCUGUGUGAACAACUUUUCUCUUUGAUGAAGAUAAACAAAACAUCACACAGGAGUCGUCUCACUGAUGAACACCUUCACUCAAUCCUGAGGAUUUCCUCAGCUCAGAGCCUGACCCCAAACAUUCAUGAAAUUGCAUCUAAGAUGAGAUGCCAAGUAUCUGGCUUGGACUAA